GACCUUCCCAAAGCCUACCGUAUUUACUCGGGCGAUCCACUGUCUCCGGUAGGGCGCUUAUCUCCAUAAAGAGAGAAAACACCUCGAGGAGGAGGAAUAGUGUUUGACUGAUGCGGUCUGACAUGGACUGUUUGGAAAUUAGGGGUCUCGUGCACUGGGGUUAGUAAUUUUCAGCUCAUCCAACCACACCGCGUCAGGUAAACACUAUCCCUGUCCGAACUUUCCCGCCUCUGGCUGCGGGGGUUAGAGCUUGGCGGAGGUAGUGGAUUUUCCGAGUGGGUACGGCUGAUUCUUUCAAAGGAAAAAUCAAAUCAUCUUUAAGGUAAAGCGAAUCCACAGAUUCCUCCACUGGAUCGGCAGGCUAACAGGAGAGGAACCGCCCUGUAACGGAAAAGCAUGACUCCCCCAAACGUCACCCCAAUUGAAGGCCAGCUCUCUACUGGCCUCCCGGAAACCUUCUCUCACAUAACCACCCACGACCCGAUCACCAAGCAAGCCGUCUUCCACUCCUCUCGUCCAGCAUCCUGGAGAGUCUACGAUGGCAAUCAAAUGGCCUUCAACGUGGUCUACACGACCUCGGCGUUCCCGGUAGACUUGGGCAACGACGCCGACAUCAAGGCGCACGACAAGAUUAUGGAGGAGCACAAACUCGGUCUGGUGAACCAUGGAGGCACGGUCCUGCGUAUGGUGGAUUUUGCUCCUGGGUACGAGUGCAUCAUGCACAGGACGGAAUCUCUGGAUUAUGGGAUUGUGCUGGAGGGGAAGUUGGAGGCAAUGCUAGAUUCCGGCGAGAAGAGGGUUAUUAGCAGGGGCGACGUGGUGGUGCAGAGAGGGACCCUACAUGCUUGGAAGAAUGCUAGUGAGACCGAGUGGGCGCGGAUGAUUUAUGUGCUGCAGGGAUGCAAGGAGGUGGUUGUUGGUGGGGAAGCGCUUGGGGAGGAUUUGGGGAAGGGGGUGGAGGGGCUGCCAAGUAGCCGUUAGGUUAGGAUGUUGGUGAUUUGGCGGUAGGUUACUAGUGUUUGUCAACCGGUUUUUAUUUUUCCCAAUUAAAAUGUUAACUUAAGUAACUUAUCAUACU